AUGCACGCCCUAAGGAGAGACCUUAUCGAAUGCAUUCACAAAUCCACUGCCCGUCUUUCUGCCUGUAUCUGCGGCUCAGGGACCUCAAUGAUUUCUUCUCUUACCCAAGUUCCAGGCUGCAGUAAGACUUUGAUUUAUGCGGAGACAAUUUACUCCUUACCGGCCAUCCACCGCGCCCUUGGCUAUACUCCUAAAAGUGUUGUAAGCAAUGCGGUUGCCAGGCAGCUCGCUCAGCGCGCAUUUUACCACAACAAAGCCCUCAUAAAACCUUUUGAAGGGGAUAUUUCAUUAAAUUCCUCAUUUUUAAUGGGUGUAGGAGUGACCUCAGCGAUUCAAACCAAUUUCAAACGCAAUGAUAAGGAUCGUAUGCACAUGUGUAUUUGGUCCGCACAUGUAAAUCCCGAAUUAGGGGAAACCACCGAAGAUGCGGAUCAGAUUGAAGCCCUACGAAAGGCUAACUUACACAUUAGCGUGAGGGAUUUCUACGUAGAACCACCUCCGGGUUGGGAUCGUUAUCAGCAGGAUGACUAUAUUGAAUUGGUUAUUCUCUACAAUAUCGCGAAAGUUAUCCGGGAAGAGUGCACAUGCCCUGACGAGAUCGAUUCUAUUCUUCGCAUGCUUUCAUCCCCAUCAUUUAUUUCGACAUUAGGCCCGGCGCCAUCGUCGUCAUCGUCGCCUUUGCUCGACGUUGCAUCGCCUUCGAUUUUCAGGGUAUCCGCCACCGAUCGGGUCGCCGAGGCGGUUCAAUUCGUGCUCGAUGGCAAAACCAGCAGUGUUAGGUUUAACGAGUUCGGUGAGAUUCGCUGCGAGGUUCCGCCCUACACGCCUGAGGUGCACACCAUACGAAAAAGCACCCUCUCAUCGUCCGCGAAUCCAAACGAUUCCCGCAUCAAGGCGGAAAACCCGAUCCGCCUUCUCUUUCCAGGUUCGUUUCGCCCUCUGCAUUUUGGGCAUACGGAGCUGGCGCGGGCGGCAUUGCGCGCGCUCACGCGCAAGCGGCCUGAGGAGGAAAAAGCGGAAAAGGAGGAGAGGGGAGGCCUUUACGCGCGCACGCGAAUCACCUACGAGAUCACGGUCAACAUUCUCGACAAGGGCCGUGUUUCCUGUGAGGAUCUCACCACCCGCAUCUGUCAGUUUCUCCAGCGCGGCGAACGUGUCGCCGUGACGAACGCCUCGCUUUUUACGGAAAAGGCACUUCUUUUCCCUGGCGUGGGAUUUAUUGUGGGUGUGGAUACCGCCCGACGGAUUCUCGAUCCUCGAUAUUACGAGGGAGGGGAUGUGGUGCAGGCCCUUUUGGACGGCAUCGGCAAGCGCGGCUCUUAUUUUAUCGUCGGCGGCCGUUCGGUCGCUAGGAAAGAUCCGGGAAAGAAGGGGAACCAAGUUGUGUGGGAGGACUUGCGUUCACUCGAGAUCCCGGACGCGCUUCGACACCUGUUUAUAGGCUUGGAGGAAAGUGAGUUUCGUAUUGAUAUUAGCUCGACUGAAUUGCGCGCAAGGUUGGGGAUGACGUAA